AUGAACAUCUGUAGGUCAAUCAAGAUAUAUGCCUUAAAUAUUACAUUUAAUACAUACAAAUUGGUUUGUCCACAUAAACGACCAGGCCCUGGGUCUUGUUCCUGCUGUAUUGUAGUGAAAAUCAGGGGAGUUAUCUCCCUUGGUUGAAACUCAUAAUCAUUCUGCGGAGAGUCAGAGAGCAGACUGUUUGAUCCUGAACCCCACAAUGUAAAGCCACAAAAAGACAUGGCUAACUGUGUACUAGUGACAGGAGGGGCGGGGUUUGUGGGAUCACACUCUGUGGUUGAGCUGGUUGCUGCUGGCUAUUCUGUGGUUGCUUUGGACAACCUUGUCAAUGCUAGCAUGGAGAGUAUGAAGCGAGUGGAGGCGAUCACUGGUAAGGUGAUACCAGCCUACACCGUCGACUUGCUGGACAAGGAGGCUCUCCGUGAUCUCUUCAAAAAGCAUAAAUUCACCAGUGUCAUCCAUUUUGCGGGCCUCAAGGCUGUAGGUGAAUCCUGUGAGCUGCCAUUGUUGUACUAUAAAACUAAUGUUGGAGGUACAAUGAAUCUCCUUGAGGUAAUGAAAGAGAACAAUCUGAAGAAUCUGAUAUUCUCAAGUUCAGCGACAGUAUAUGGCACACCACAGUAUCUUCCUCUUGAUGAAAAACACCCUGUAGGAGGAUGUACAAAUCCAUAUGGCAAAACCAAGUUUUUCAUUGAAGAAAUUCUCCGCGACCUUUCAACGUCAGACCCUACAUGGAACAUUGUAUUGCUACGCUAUUUUAAUCCUGUGGGAGCCCACAAGUCUGGCACCAUUGGAGAAGAUCCACAAGGACCCCCCAACAACCUCAUGCCCUACAUAGCACAGACAGCUGUGGGCAAACGAAAGGAGUUGAGUGUUUAUGGCAGUGACUAUGACACACCCGAUGGAACAGGGGUGAGAGACUACAUCCAUGUUGUGGACUUGGCUUUGGGACAUGUAGCCGCUCAAAAGAAACUUGAGGAGAAUUGUGGAUGUAAGCUCUACAACCUAGGAACAGGAAAUGGUUUAUCUGUGUUAGAUAUGGUGAAAGCCUUCGAAAAAGCUUCUGGUAAAAAAGUGCCUCACAAAAUCUGCCCUCGACGACCUGGUGAUGUAGGUUCUUGUUAUGCAAAUGCAGAACUAGCUGAGAAAGAACUUGGAUGGAAGGCCACAAGGGGUCUUGAUGAAAUGUGUGAAGAUCUAUGGCGAUGGCAGUCACAAAACCCAAAUGGAUUUAAGUCCUAGUGCCAAAGUGCUGAUUAGAGGAAUCUGAGUUGUCAUAAUAAUAUGGGGAGGGGGCUGGUACCAGAUAUUGUGACUGUUGUGAUUAGCAUAUCUUCAAUCAAACUACAGGGCUUUAGAUCUUCAUCAAAUGAUGUUGUGGGACCAUUCCAUAAAAUAUAUAUUGUUUGGAAGUUUAUUAAACCAUUCAAAGUUAUCAAUCAAGAUAUCAAUUUCCUAGAUGAUACCUGUUUUACCUUUGUUUUCUCCCAAUGGGUAAAUGAUUAGCGGAUUAGACUAUUAAUUUGGUUUCUAUUUUAGGAUAUACAUUUUUUUCGUUGGUUUUGGGUUGGAACGUAUCUUUUUGUUUCUAAAAGUAUUGUGCUAAAUGAGAAUAUUGUAUAUUCUAUGAUUAAUCCCCUGCUUUCUAUUUUAUUUUUGUUUUGAAAUCAUUUUAAAACCAUCAUUACAUAUUUUGCUUAUAAUGUAAACAUAUAUACAUAUGUAUGUUACAUGCUUUUUAUGUUUUGUCUAAUGCAGCAGAUUGUAUUUCCAGAGUCUCACAGCUUCACAUGUGUAAAAGAUGUGAAAAUGUGAAAACUAAACACACAGUUUCUUUUUACAUACAGUGUCAUGUACCUUUAUUGAAUACUUCCUUUAUCAAACCAUUCUUUUUCUUUCUUUUUCAAGAAGUGCCACUUAUGAUCUGAUAUUUCCAUACCUUUAUUUUUUUAGUAGUAUUAUUAACACAUGUUAAUGAAAACAGUCACAAUAUUGCUUAUAUUCUGAAUUUUAACAUUUUCUUGAUGAGCUAAAAAAUUACUUACACUUAAGAUAUCCAGGUACAUCUAUUAUACCUUCUUGAAGACCAGAAAGAAAACCUCAGGGCUUGUAUUUACAGAUGGUGCUGAAAUGAUGUUGUCAAUUGUCAUGUGUUAUCAGUUCUGGACAUGGUAGGCCGACAUUAAUGAUUUGCUUGGUACCACUUUACAGUUGCAUUACCUGUGAAAUUGUAGGAGUGAAUAACUUUAAUGUACCAGGUAGUUUAAAGGAUUUGGUUGCAUGUAAACAAUUUUUAGGGUAUAAGAAUGUAGGAAAUCCCCAACAUGCAUUCCUAAAAUAAUGAGGACACGGGGUCCAAUUCCUUAUUCUGACAAUAGGUAGUUAAGAUCGGCUCUGGUCACUUAAAACCCAAAUUGAUAACAUCAUGAAUUAUCUGUCUGUCCAACCACAACUCGGUACAUUUAUAAUUGCUGAGGGUAUUUUGAUAAAUUGCUGCAUAUGAUAUUUGUAUACAUGUAUAUCGCAUAAUUGGGGUGUAAACCAUUGAAUUCGCAUAUUAUAUAUUUGCUUUGGUCACUGGUGUUUUCUUUGAUCUUCUGCUGAACCAAUCAGAAAUCGUUUAACUGGACAUUGGUGUUAUGUCAUAAUUGUGUCCUCCAUGCUUUGACCUAAAAGCCUGUCAAAGUGUGUGUUUUGAGAGUUAUGCAAAAAUCUGAAUUUGUUAAAUGCCAAAGGUAAGCUGAAAGCCUUGCUGAAGUUCAAGGUCAUUUAAAUUACAUGCUUGGUCCAUAAUUAUUCAAAAGAGGGAACUUUGUAAAAAAUUGUUUGGAUUUUCUCCGAAUUCAUAUCGAGGUUAAUGCUUGACUAUUGUUCUCAGUCUUGAUGUGAAACUAGUCAGUUAAGUAGUACAUUGUGCCAUAGGUUCUCGGACCUAUAAUUUAUACCCAUAACAGAAAUACAUUAAUCUGUUUGAAAUAAUUUAAAACAUCAAAUGAUACCAGGAAGGCUUUAAUUUAUUGGUGAUACAAUAUUUAUUUUGAAAGAGAAUGUCAAACAUUCAUUAUUUUAUUAUUUAUCAUUACAUAUCUUGAAAGUGUUGCUACUAACAUAAGAUAUUAAAUAAUAACAAAUACGUUUCGACAAUCAUUGAUCACAUGAAAAGUAUCUCGAUGUUUGGCAAGUCGAAAUAUUUUUACUGGUUUUGUUUGUUGAAUGAUAACUAGUGUUUAGGUUCACAUAUUAGAUAGUACUUACUAACAAUUUAAGAGACUGGUUAGAUUUCCGUUUUAUAACCAAAAGUCUUAUAAUAGUUGAAAAUAUGCUAAAGGGUAUGAAUAGAAAAGUUAUAAGAAAGACAGAAAUCUGUUAAUGUGUUACUUAUUGAUACUGGUACUAACUAACGAACAGAUUACAAAUGUAUAUGAACAAUGCAUAUGUAAAAUUGUAUAUUGUUUCAGAUCUAAUGUUCAAAUGAAACAAGACAGUAUCAAGCUUGUUUGCUUUUCAUCUAAGUAGUUAUGGCCCAUUGUUUAUUUCGGUAAUUCAUCUUCGGAGAUCUGCAAUUUUCUGUUGAAAACUUUACUUUAAUUAUGAUAUAUGGGAUUAAUUGUUUCAUGGAAUUGAGUGUAACAAAGCAUACUGUAGUCAUUAUGACUAUUCUUUUUAUAUGCCUCUCAAAAUUUUACAGGAGUAUGAAAGUAUGGGGUCGCCUGUCUUUUAUUGGUCCGGAGAUCUAAUUUUUUUCAACUUGGUUGUUAUGAUAAUCAUAGUAAAGUUGUGUUGUUUUUUUCUGAAGCUUUUUGAUUAUUAAUUUUCAGUAUUUGAUUCUUGUCCAGGAUAUCUCCACCUACAGCCAUUGUUCCACCCAGUUGUUACCUUAAAUACUAAUACAUGACAAAUAUUGUUUAGCUUUCAGAAAAGCUAUAACCUAUCCAUGAUUGACAUCUGUUUUAAAAAACUUUUGAAAAUGCAAGAAAUUUGUCAUGAUUUUAUAGUCGACAGUUGAUUUGUUGUGACAGACUUUGCCAGUAAAGAUACAGUGUGAUUGGUCGAGUAUCUGUUAUUUUCAUACCUUCCUUCUUGAAACACUUACCAGGGUUACUUCAUAGUAUAUGGUACUACUAGUAGUAUCUUGUCUAUUUUAUUAUGCAAGGUGUAAAUAAUUUCUGGAAUCAUAUUAAUGAAUAAACUAUAGUUUACAAACAUA